AUGGAACCGCUUGCGCGUGUACAAACGAAUAAUGCUCGGCCUGCAUGUUUCAGCUCAACCUUUCAGGAGGCACUCUUCGUGCUUACAGCGACCAUGGCGAUAGCGAUGCAAUCCAUCAUUGCCGGCUCGACGGUCGUCACAUCGUCUUUCAUCGGGCGGGAUCUGAACAUGACAACGGCAGAGAUCACCUGGAUCACAUCCUCGUCGUCGCUGAGCAGUGGCGCGUUCCUGCUCUUCUUUGGCAAGUUGGCCGACUUGUUUGGCCGGAAGUCGCUGUUCAUUGGUUCGCUCUUCCUGUUCGCCGUCUUCUCACUCGUCGCGGGCUUUGCCAAGUCUGGCAUCUCACUUGACGGUCUAAACGGUGUCAUGGGCCUCAUGUCCGCCUCUGGUGUUCCGCCUGCGGUGGGGAUCUUGGGCGUGGUCUACGAAAAGCCUAGCAAGCGCAAGAACUACGCUUUUGCAUGCUUCUCCGCUGGCAACCCAAUCGGCUUUGUUUUUGGCUGUAUAUUCGGAGGCAUCGCUACCAACCUCUUCGGCUGGCGCGCAUCGUACUGGCUCAUCGCUAUAAUCUUCCUGGUGUUUACACUUAUUGGUGUCUGGACAGUGCCCAGGGACUUCACAGCCAAAGAACCACUGAAUUGGCAGACCCUCAAGCAGUUCGAUGUGCUGGGCACGGUACUGGUCAUCUUCGGCAUAGGCAUGUUUUCUGCGGCAUUGAGUUUGGGCGAGACAGCUCCUCAGGGCUGGAAGACCGGCUACGUUUUGGCAAUGCUCAUCGUCGGCAUCGUCCUUAUGAUAGCUUUCGUUGUGUGGGAUUGCUGGUGUAAAUACCCCUUGGUUCCCAUGGGUAUAUGGAAGGAUAGGAACUUCACAUUAUGUCUUUGCAUCCUGAUGCUAGGAUUUAUGGCAUUCGUUCCGGGAAGCUUCUUCAUCUCACUAUACUUCCAGCAAAUCUGGCACAUGUCGGCUCUUGACGUUGGCGUCCGAUUACUUCCGGCUGCUAUUGGUGGCUUGUUUGUCAACUUCAUUGCAGGCAUGAUACUCCACCGGGUGUCAAACAAGCUGCUUAUGCUGAUCGCCACCCUCGGCUAUACCGGUGCUAUGCUACUCCUGGCAUUCAACAGACACGAUAGCAGCUACUGGUCAUUCUGCUUUCCAGCGUUCUUACUCAUGGUAGUCGGCGCCGACCUGGAGUUCAACGUCGCAAACAUGUAUGUCAUGUCAAGCAUGCCGUCUCACCAGCAGAGUGUCGCCGGUGGCAUAUUCCAGACAUCCUCGAAGCUGUCGACCGUGCUUGGGUUCGGUAUCUGCACCGCAGUAUUCAGCGCCGUACAACAGAAUCCGCGAAUGGCGAGUUACUGGGAGCCUGAGACACAGCCAUAUGCAGCAACUUUCUGGGUCUCUGCCGCCGGAGCGGUCAUUAGUGUGUGCAUGGUACCCUUCUUGACAAUAGGCACACAGGGCGGGAAGGAAAAGGUUGCCAGCUCUUCCACUUCAGUAAAUGAUGGAGGACCGGAAACCCAGAUUACAGGCCGGGAGAAGGCCAUAGCAGAGGCGAACGUAGCCCAAGCGCUGCCAGUAGAAGGCUAA